GCUGACGGCUUCGUCACACCUCGCCCAUCAUCGGAGCGCUUUGGGGCUCCGGGAGUGCACCGAAACCAAAGCUGGUCUCCCGUAGCGCCGCUCUGCUUCCCUCUAUAUCCGGACUCGUAUUACUUGCUUCUUUUUGUCCGUAAAGGGGGUAUGGUUUUAUUAUUUAUUUUGUUUGCCCAGGCUGUUGAGUAAUGGUUAUCAGCUGCUUCGCUAUUGUUUGUGAGGGAAGAGGGAGCAAAUUCAACAUCUUCAAACAUUUUCCCUUCGGCCUAAAGUAGCUGCCGAGAGCUUGUUGCUAGGUAACGGUGUGAAGAUGGCAAGGACGAGUCUCGUCUUGAAAGUGUGGGGCGGUUGUGAUUCGCUGUAACUUUUGUCUGGAUUGAAUUUGGAACACGCUGUGAUACUCGGCCAUAAUUUCAUCACGGAAGACGAGGCUCAAAAGGUCUUUGCACUUUGCCCAAGUCUUCGCGUGUGAUUUGCGUUGAGAAUAAAAACAUAACCGUGUAAAUUACCUAAUUGUAACUUUGACUACAUGUUGAGCCUCGUUUUUUUGUCUCCCCAGAUCAGAAAGAGUCUCGGCGGCGGAGCGAAGCACACCAUUAGCAGAGGAAAAUGAGUGAACUGGAUCAGCUACGCCAGGAGGCUGAGCAGCUGAAGAACCAGAUCAGAGAUGCCAGGAAAGCGUGUGCGGAUGCUACCCUGUCUCAGAUCACAGCUAACAUCGACCCUGUUGGCCGAAUUCAGAUGCGCACCAGACGGACACUGAGGGGGCAUCUGGCUAAAAUCUAUGCCAUGCACUGGGGCACUGACUCGAGGCUUUUGGUCAGCGCCUCCCAGGAUGGCAAACUCAUUAUUUGGGACAGCUACACCACGAACAAGGUCCACGCCAUCCCGUUGCGCUCCUCCUGGGUGAUGACGUGCGCCUACGCCCCCUCUGGGAACUAUGUCGCCUGUGGAGGCUUGGACAACAUCUGCUCCAUCUACAACCUGAAGACCCGCGAGGGAAAUGUGCGCGUCAGCCGCGAGCUGGCCGGACACACGGGUUACCUGUCCUGCUGUCGCUUCCUGGAUGACAACCAGAUUAUCACCAGCUCUGGAGACACCACCUGCGCUCUGUGGGACAUCGAGACUGGUCAGCAGACGACUACGUUCGCCGGUCACACCGGUGAUGUAAUGAGCCUCUCUCUGGCGCCCGACACCAGGCUGUUUGUGUCUGGAGCCUGCGAUGCCUCCGCCAAGCUCUGGGACAUCAGAGAAGGAAUGUGCCGACAGACCUUCACUGGCCACGAGUCGGACAUCAACGCUAUCUGCUUCUUCCCCAACGGCAACGCGUUUGCCACGGGCUCGGACGACGCCACCUGCCGGCUGUUUGACCUGCGCGCCGACCAGGAGCUGAUGGUCUACUCGCACGACAACAUCAUCUGCGGCAUCACCUCCGUGGCGUUCUCCAAGAGCGGCCGCCUACUGCUGGCCGGCUACGAUGAUUUCAACUGCAACGUGUGGGACACUUUGAAGGCCGACCGCGCAGGUGUCCUGGCCGGUCAUGAUAACCGGGUGAGCUGCUUGGGCGUGACCGACGACGGCAUGGCCGUGGCAACGGGGUCCUGGGACAGCUUCCUGAAGAUCUGGAACUAGAGUCUGAAGAUGGCAUCUGGACUCCAAAGUUGAGUGGAAAACCAUUCCAACAUCACAAUGUUCAAUUUUAUUGCAUAUCCAAUCUUUUCAAAAACACCAUGAUACUGACUCCAAACACCCCAAAAAUCUAUCAAGGGCAAAAAUUCUCUCCAUCUAUCUCUCUCUCUCUCUCACUCUCUCACUCACCCCUUCCCUCCCUUCCGCCUCCCCUUCUCAUUUGAAAGAGCACAAUUGUCUGUCACUCAUUCAGCUACACAAAUAUAAAAGAAAAUGCUUGAGGAAUUUAGUGGAGGGGGAAAUUGUGCAUUCCUCCCAUGACCAUGGUCUGGUAUUGUAGUACGCCACCUCCAAGCAAACAUGUCCUGCGUCCUCACUAUACACACAGGUCUGAGUGAAGGUCAUCACAUGACGGUGAUCACACUCUGACUAGCUUUUUGGCAAUUUCUUUUUUUGUUGAUGUUCAAGAGAGAUAGAGCAGUGAACUGUCGGUUCAUGUUUAAAAUGAGGAUCAAAGCUUUUGUUUUCUUUCCUUGCCUCACCUUUUAGAGAUAGUUUUUAAGUUGAGAACUAGAAGAACCUCCAGAUCACGUCAUUUUAAAAUCCAGCUUUAUCCCACUGGAGAACAAAGUGAGAGAAUUGAGCUUCAACAGGGAGUCCUCAAGCCACUUCUGGCCCUUCUGUACAUUUAGUCCCAUUAUACUUUGACUGUUUCGUUUUUUUUCUUCGUUUUUUUUCCAGUGUAGUCCACAAAUCUUUUUUUGCACAAAAAUUAAACUUUGCGUAUAUAGAAUAAUGUCGAAAGGAAAAAAAAGUUAACUAACCAAGCUCAUGCUGUUUAUGAUGAUGAAUGCUCGUUUUUAAAAACGGGGGGGAAAACCAACACACACAAAAACACAACAAACCAUUUUAACCCUUCUUACACCUUUUUGUUUUUGUUUUGUGUGUCUGGCAACAGUAUAGAAUAAUUACAUGAAGAUUAACCCAUCAGAUCAUAAUCCACCCCGCCCCUCUUUUUUUAUUCAUUUCCCCCACACACACACACCCUCCUUUAAUUUAGUUUCCCCUGGUUUCUGUUGCCCGUGGUUGGGACCGGUGAUGUGAUUUGGUCGGGUAGGGAGUACCUCCACUUUAGCCCGGUUGCAAUCCGGACGUUUCUUUUAACAGAGGUGCCCAUUCCGUGCUUGGAAAUGCAGUGACUACUCUGUGAAUGACAUGUUGUAUAAAUCAAUGUUUGAAAAUAAUGAUAUUGAAACUUUUUAAGUUAAAAAUGAAAAAAAAAGAUUUUCGGUUGUCUGCCAUGGGUGGGUUAUCUCUUAGAAUCGCAUGCUGUAGAAUUGCUUAAAAAGGUGCAUAUGGAAUUAAGUCCUUUGAUGUUUUUCUUUAAGAAAAUAACCUGUUGAAUAUAUCAAUACAAUGGUAUUUAUAUUUUUCUUUUUCUUUUCCUUUUUCUUCCUUUUUGUUUUUUGGCUACUCCGUGCAUACAUGAUUCAACUAAAAUGUCAAAGCUAUGCACUUGAGGAGCGAACCCUGCGACAUAAAAAGGUUACUUGGUCCAUACUUGGGAGGGAUUCCACAAAUUUAAGAAGUAACGUAAAUAUUAAAAUUGUACACAUGCAUACGUACAUCCAUUCACCUAAACAUACACAAUCUCAAAAUGGAACAAAUGAAUUUUCAUUCCUUCUGUAGCAAACAAAAUUCCACAAAGAAAAACAUUUUAUAACAGGUUUUUUUCUGUCCUUUAAUAAAAAAUGAGGGGGGGGAAUCUUGCAGCAUCUGAAUGGCAGAAUGUUCUGUUGUUCCCUUCUUGUAAACAGAGACGCUCUUUCUUUAGCAGUAGUGACAUUUUUUUUCCUCCAUUCUGUUUAUUUUUCUCUCUGCGACAUUCUGUACAAAAAAAAAGUGCUGUAAUUGUGCGUUAGGCCUGGAGUUGGCAAAAGAUAAAAUGAAAUAAAAAAUAUUAAAAAUUACUUAAAUUCCCUUUCCUUUUCUCUUUCUCCAUCAAAUAACUGUAGAGCUCUGCACCCCCACUCUUCCCUUUUCACCUUUUGUAUUUAAUUUUAAAGUCAGUCAGUGUACAACCGAAAGCUGGAUGCAAGAUAGAAACUAUAUUAAAAUGUACUGUUAUUUAAGAUGUAAUAAAAAGCAGUUUGAGAUGACCUCCUGUGUUGAGUGUGAUUCACUUAGAGCGGUUACCACUGAAGCUAGAAUGUUGCAGACUGUUUGGUUUCCCCUGUAAUUAUGUUCAAGUCAAAUAAACAAUUUCUUAUCCACUGUUGAA